GUGGAUACUUACGUACUCAAAGUUUGAAGUACUGUUAAUUAAGUUGAAAUUUGCUACUAAUAUUCCAAUAAUUACAAUAAUGCAAUCGGCAAAAGUAGAAGGGAAAAGGCAAAAUCUUAUCCUCAGACCACACAGAAAAAUCAUCUAAGCUAAAGCAAUUUUCAAGAAGAUGACGAUGAUGGUGAAGCAAUGGGUUCUUUCACAGAGUCAAUUUCUAUCUGACCCUUUCAAAUCUGGUCAUGUCAAAUGUAUUUUCUUGGAGUCUGGGCAGUUCAGUAGUAAAUGGGGAGAAGCUCUACCACAGAAGCUUUUCUACAGACAUACCAAGAAAGGUGCAAGAUGCAUCCAUAUUGAUUUCAAGGAUAUUUUGCAGUUCAGACACCCUGCAGCAGCAUUAAUCGUGACUAAUGCAUUGAUGAUGACUACACCUUUAGACGCCUUGGCUCAAACAUGUGAAGCCAAUACUUCUGUUUCCAAUAUGCCAUUAUUGCUGCUUGUUGCCCUAGUAGGGGCCACCGUGGGAGGACUACUUGCACGUCAGAGAAAAGCGGAAUUGCAGCGGUUAAAUGAGCAGCUCCGCCAGAUUAAUACGGCGCUUAGAAGGCAAGCCAAUAUAGAGUCCUAUGCACCUACCUUAAGUUAUGCUCCUGUUGGUGGUAAGAUUUCAGUAAGUGAAGUGAUUAUUGAUCCAAAAAAGGAGGAAUUAAUUUCUCACUUGAAAAGUGGGAAGAAUUUUCUGAGAAAUCAAGCUGUAGAAAAGGCUUUUUUGGAGUUUAAAACAGCUCUUGAGCUUGCACAGGAUCUAAAAGACCCUAUAGAGGAAAAGAAGGCAGCAAGGGGCUUAGGGGCAUCGUUACAAAGGCAGGGCAAGUACAAGGAGGCGAUUGAAUACCACUCUAUGGUUCUUGAUAUCUCGGGAAGAAAUGGGGAGGAGUCCGGCAGCACAGAAGCUUAUGGAGCAAUAGCCGAUUGCUAUACUGAGCUUGGGGACAUAGAACGAGCUGCAAAAUACUAUGACAAAUACAUUGCAAGGCUACAGAGUGACUAAGCCAUCUACAGAAAGACUCGUGUAUCUUUCUGUUGCGGAAAUUUCUUCACGUUCAUGCAUUUCGAGUAAAAUGUUUAGAAGUUAGGUCUUUUCUCAUGGUGUAUUUCUCUCUUGCAUAUAUCAUUCACUGGUUUCUUCUGUUUUUA